AUGGACAUCAGUCAAGCGGGGUCCCAAAGGAAGCUCCAACUCCAGGAACUUGAAGAGAUUCGACUGGAAGCAUAUGAGAACUCAAGGAUCUACAAGGCGAAAACAAAGGUUGCACAUGACAAGCUGAUCAUGAGGAAGGAGUUUCAAGUCGGUCAGAAAGUCCUACUAUACAAUUCCCGCCUUAAGUUGAUGCCAGUUGAAAUCAAGGAUGAGUCCAAUGCGAAGCAAUUCACAGUGAAUGGGCAUCGACUUAAGCCAUUCCAUGAGGACUUUCAGGAGCACAUUAUGGAGGAGCUGCAUCUCCUCAACGCCACCUCCAUUUGA